AUUUUAACUGGAGGCACUUUAAUAUUCAAGAGUAUUAAGGAUGAUCAACGAGAAUCUGCGAAGACAAUGAUGGCAACUUCUGAAUACUUGAACGAAGCCUUGGCAACAGCACUGCAUGAAGUUCUUAUUUCAGGAGGUUCCGCUUUGGAAGUUGCCUCUAACACUUCAGGAACAGUCUCUUUCUGUCGUGUGGAUAGUAGUGAUAUCGAAGAUAAACGAAAUACCUGUGGCUCUUUGCCAUCAUUCUUCUUCAAUUUAUCCUCAAAUGAUAGUCAAUCUGACUUUUUAAUCAGAACGAGCAAUGCAACCAAUGACAUCUACUCUUUCUUUGGUGACGCUCGUGAAAGUCCACAAUCAGAUCUUCUUUCUUUUUCCAUAUAUUCUAAAUUACAGAACCGAAAUUUUUCUGAUGAUGCAUCAAAAUUUCGAAUUAAGUUUAAGAAGAAACCUAAUGUAAGUAACAGCUCCGUCAACGAUGAGGAACAGCUCUACUUGCCUGAUCCACUAGUCGCUAUUGAUGGUUCACUGAUAUAUCAAUCGUUAAUAAUGCACGCGUUUGAGGUGGAUGAUAGCGACAAUACCGGUUUUGUAUUUCAACUAGAACCAAAUACGAUUUCUUCAUGUCCGCAGUACUUGGUCAUAGCAAGAUUCGUCAUUCCACCUAAUCUGCGCCAGUUGGAUCCCUUUGGGCAGUUCUUCUGGACUAUGCUUCCUACUUCGAUCUCGAAAUGCAAUUCUAGUAAGAGUGAAGAAGAGGCGCUCCUGGAUUACGCUUUAUAUAUGCAAUCUAGUGAAUUAACGAAACUGAAAUCAGAUGCCUUCAGACGGACUAAGUAUAUGCGAAUCAAGGCAUCAGAAAUCAAUCGACUUUAUAUUGGUUACAGAGAGUUAACUGUUGAGGAGAAGGAUCUCUAUAAUACAGUGAAUCCACCACCGAUUCCCUAUCGCUUCACCAAUCAGAUUAAUACGACGGCUCAUGUUUCUGUGAGUCGACCUUCGUGUGUCUAUUUGCAUUCAAGGAAUGACUACUGGCAGACAAAUGGGUGCCAGGUAAAUUGUUCCUUUUAA